AUGAAUUUUGAUCUAUAUACUAAGAGGCCAAAGGGUGAGAGGAAAACGUUACCAGAAACUUCCUCCUUUUACAAGCAUUUCAAAGGUCAUUUAAGGACAUGGAUGCAUACACUAUUGCAAGUAAUUCUUCAUCUUCCUCUUCUUGAUGCACUCUCUACGAUCUCACAAUUAAUUAAUGUUGGCUUGCAGAAACUCGUCGUUAUUGCCAUUUUGUUCGGCUCAACCCUUUUUUCAGGUUCUAGUGAUGAGGGCAAUGUGGUAACGGUUAAAACGCUACCGUUUAAUCGGUACUCAUGGCCGACUACGCACAAUUCCUUUGCAAUGCUUGGGACAAAGUCACUGAUAACUGGCUCUAACAUUAUCUUCGGGACAAACCAGAUGGAUGGCAUUACAGCACAGCUUAAUAGUGGUGCUAGAGGGUUAAUGCUCGACAUCUAUGAAUUCAACAAUGUCGCCUGGUUAUGUCACGGCCAGUGUAGCAACGGAACAGCUUUUCAACCGGAGAUUAAUGCUCCGGGCGAGAUCCAAACAUUUCUUAAACAAGAUCCUUGGGAAAUCAUCACCAUCAUCAUAGAAGACCCCGUUGAAACGCCAAUGUUAUUGGCUAGGCUGUUUAAUAUCAGUGGCCUAAAGGAAUUCUGGUUUCCAGUAACUCAGAUGCCGAAAAAUGGUGGACAUUGAACUUGAAGAGCAGAAAAGGAGGCUUCUGAAGGAAUUGCCUACCAGUGGAACUACAUGGUAGCAAACCAAUAUGGGGAUAAUGGGAUGAAAGCUGGGUCUUGCUCAAACCGUGUUGAAUCAUUGGACGUGCAGAACACAACCAAGUCAUUAGUGUUCAUGAACUUCUUUUCAAGCAAUCCAAACCUCCUUAAUGCCUGCAAAGAUAACUCAGCUCCCUUGCUUGACAUGCUCAAAACCUGCCAUGUAGCUGCUGGCAAUCGAUGGCCUAAUUUCAUUGAUGUUGAUUUUCACCUGACAAGUGAGGGUGGUGGCGCCCCAGAAGCUGUGGAUUUUGCUAACGGUCAAUCGGUUUGUGGGUGUAAUCAUAUCACCCUUUGCAAGGUCGGUAUUGACUACUUUAAUAUUUACCAGCAAUCCCACUCCCCAAACACUUUACAUCCAAAAAAUUAG